AUGAGUAAAAUAAUAAAGGUCAUAUUCUUCCUGAUUUACAUUUUGUUUUUCUCCGUUAACAACGUUUUCUGUGAGAUUCUACAACCGUGGGCAGAAACCGUUUGGACCGUUGGCACAAAAGUAGAAAUUUUAUGGUCCGACAAAGAUUUCGGAGGUGUUAAGACCGCAGACAUUUAUCUUCUUGAAGAUCUUGGCGGGAAAGAAUUGAAACGAGUUUUAACAGUUGCCAAGAAUGUGAAAUUGUCUCAUGGUAGUUGCACAUUAAAUUUGCCGUCGGAUUUUAAGGCCGGAAGUUAUGCAGUGACCAUCACUGAUAACAUAAAGCUCUUCAAAUACUCUCAUCCGUUUAAAAUUGUGCACGCUUGA